AUGACUGGCAGCAGCAGCCGGCCCGGGGCAGUGUGCGUCGUGAGAGGCCAUGGCCCGCCCGCCCGCCCCUCCACCCGCCGCAGGGCCGCCGCCAAGACGCUGUGGUACGACCGGCCGCGCUACGUCUUCGUGGAGUUCUGCGUGGAGGACAGCCGCGACGUGCAGCUGCACCUGGACGACCACCGCCUGCUCUUCAGCUGCAAGGACGCCGAUGGUGUGGAGCUGCACAACGAGAUCCAGUUCUACGCCCGUGUGAAUUCCAAGGAUUCCCAGAACAAGCGCUCGGGCAGAUCCAUCACCCUGUUUGUGCGCAAGUGGAAGGAUAAAGUGCCCUGGCCCCGACUCACCCAGGAAGAGUUUAAGCCAGCGUGGCUCUCUGUGGACUUUGAUAACUGGAGGGACUGGGCAGGAGAUGAGGAAGUGGAAGCCGUCAUGGCUGAGCAGUACGCAGAGCUCCUGCAGAAAGUCACCCCCAAGGCGGUACCCCCUGCCAUGGAUGACCUGGAUGAUGACAUCUGAAAACCACAAGUUGUAGAAGAAAUGGAUCUCUUUGUCACAUAAACAUGAUGCAGCCUCACAGUUCUGCUCCAGGACAUGCUGUGGGGGUUCCAGGGCUAACCCAGGACUGGGAAGCAGUUCUAGAUGGACAAAGGAGUGACUGCACCUACUGGCAGAAACAUUAGAUGGAAUUCUGCUGCCUGCUUCUGUUUGGCUUUUGCUUUUCUCACCAGCACCUUCCCCCAUUCCAACUCUUUCCCGCCUUCAUUCUUCCUGUCCUCAGCAAUCCCCCCCCCCUCCCCUCAAUUUCUUAUGGAUGUUGUGUAUAAAGAUAGGAGGUUAUUCAAAACUCUGCCAGUAAGUAAUGAUAAUAAACCUGGCCUCUUUGCA